UGCCUCAACUUCUCCCCCGCCAUCGACCAAUCCUCCGGCGGCUCCCCCAAAUGGGGCGACUGUCUCCAACUGCGCGCCAACAUCGAAUCGGGCGGGUCGUGGACAUUCUGGUCAGGCCGCCACACGGUCAUCGCCUCGUACGGGACCUGCGUCAUCGGUGUUGAGACUGCCAAGGGCACGUUGGCAGGGACCUUGACGCAGAUAGGAAAUAUCGAUUUGAUCCAGAUUGUUGAGUACACCGAGGCCAUGAUCAUUCGCCAGGGCGGAAAUCGGGUGGCUACGAACGGGAAGGGGAAGAAGUGGGUGAAAUGGGAUGCGAAAGUGGGGAGCAAAGGGACGAUGGAGUGUUUUCAGCUGGCGUUGAAAAGCAACAAGUUUGCGGUUAAUUGGGGACUGUAUCAUACGUAG